AUUUUAGGUUGGCAACCAACUCAAUCUUCACCUUCGAAUUCCACGACACCGCAAUGGCUUCCCGACCGGAUAGCCCCAAAAGCCGGAUCCAGGAACAUCUUGACAAAAAGGCCAAGGAACAAGCCAGCGAGCAAGAUGAUGGUCGAGACGUUGAGGAAGAUGUAGAACCUCCCGCAAGGUUCCCGCCAGAGGAAGAAGCGAACCUACUAGGCGAGUCAAAUGACAAAAAGUCCGAAGCCAACACGCUGUUCUCGUCGGCCAAGUACGAGAACGCCAUCAAUAAAUAUGAAGAGGCAGCCGCCGUAUGCCCUCAUUACCUCGACUACGAACUAGCCGUACUGAAAUCCAACAUUGCCGCAUGCCACCUCAAGUUGGAACAAUGGAAGGACGCCAUAAGCAGUGCAUCGGGUGCAAUCGAAGGUCUCGAACGACUGGAGAAGGCUGAGGCGAGCGAGGAAAAAGGCUCUGAACAGGAUGAAGACGACGUAGAGGAGGAAAUUGUCAGUUCAGGCGCGCAGAAAAGCGGACCUGCUACCGCAAAGGCCGAGAGCGACGCCGAGAAAGUCAAGCGCAAGCGGAAAGAGGACAUCCUGAGGAUCCGGGCGAAGGCUUUGAUGCGACGUGCCAGGGCGAGGAGCGAGCUGGGUGGGUGGUCGAAUCUUUCGGGUGCAGAGGAGGACUACAAGAUCUUGGCGACUAUGGCGAAUCUCAGCCCGGCGGACAGGAAGAUUGUUAUGUCGCAGUUACGUAUAAUACCGCCGCGGGCCAAGGAGGCGCAGGAGAAGGAGAUGGGUGAGAUGUGGGGGAAGCUGAAGGACCUUGGAAACGGCAUACUGAAGCCUUUCGGCCUCAGUACGGAGAAUUUCCAGAUGGUGAAAGAUGAAAAGACGGGUGGGUACAGCAUGAACUUCAAGCAGGGGGAGUGAUAUCAGACAUGCAGAUGACAAAUCACCAAUUUAAUAACAAAAAGUCUACAAUCUAACCUACACUCCUC